UAGAAAUAGAAGAUCUAAUCUAGAUCUAGAGCCUAGAUCUAGAUCUAUUAAGAUCUAUAUAGCCUACAACUUGCAUACAAUCAUUAAGACUACAAUGCAUUUAGCACACUAGACUGACUAGAUAUCAAUUUGACAGCGCAUUAUUUGACAAUGGUUAAAAUGGUGUCCAAAUUGUCAAGUUUUUUGGAUGACUCAGCAAUAGUGCAUUCAAUGAAGGUACACCAGCCCAGUGAGCUGCUUGGAAAUGUUCAUCAUGGAGUUUGUAAUUUCCGAGACAUUUGUGGAGAUAAAUUAGCUAUAAAUUUGGCUGUUCAGAAGUUUUCCAAGCACAGGAAAGGAAGAAAAGACAAACGCUUUCAGCCAAUAAGAUCUUUGGCGUACCCAUGUAUUGACUGCAGCUGUGCUGUUCCCCAAGAUCACAUCUUUCUCAGCACCAAUAAACAGAACUUGGUAAAGCCAGCACAGAAAAUAAAUUGUGAUAGUUCUCGAUUCGUGGUGAAGAAAAAAGAAAUGAAUGAUUUUUUCAAGCUUACUGAUGACAGUGUCAUUCAAGACUUUCUGCGCAUGGACAGUUGUAAAAGAAUUGCAGACAAGUAUCUGAUAGCCAUGGUAUUUGCUUACUUCAAAAGAGCUGACUUUUCACUACAAGACUACACUAGAAUGAAUUUUUUCUUGGCCCUCUAUUUAGCAAAUGAUGUGGAAGAAGAUGAGGAGGAAAUUAAAUAUGAAAUUUUUCCAUGGGUGCUUGGGAAAAAUUGGAGAACUAAAUACUCCCAUUUUCUUAAAAUGAGAGACCAGCUCCUGAAAAGAAUUGAUUUCAAAGCCAUAAUAAGUCGACGUUGUUGUGAUGAAAUAAUGGCUAUUGAGCCAAGCAGUUUGUUAUGGAGGAGGGAGAGGCUAAGUCAUCAUGGAGGAGCCACUCGAAGCUACAUGAAAGACCCAAAUGAAGAUGGCUAUCCCAGAGGCCCUAACGCCACACCUCAUUACUGCGCUGCCUGCGAUGUGCCAGAUGUAGGCCAGUACACUCAACACUCUAAACUGUGUUUUUCAUCAAGAGAUAAUAUAGAAAUGAAGAAGACUCUACCUAAGAGCCAAGAUGACAUAUGGCCGUCUGUGGAAGAGUGAAAGUUAUAUAUAUAUAUAAUCAGUUCAACAUGACAUACCCUUGUCUAUUUUUUAGGAUUAAAAUUUGGUUCAGACAACAUUCUUCUGUCUGUGGAUGCCAAAGAUAAUAUAUUCUGUAACUGCACUGGUGAUAACUUUAGCAAUUUUGAUAACAGUUGCUGUGAUAAUUAUUAAUUAUAUCUGUGAUAUAUUCUACAUUGGUUAUCUACUAGGUAUUAUUGAUAGGGAGAAACUGGAAGUAUUGCUAUGAAAUUAAUAAUUUAUUUCAAAGUCAAACCUUUUACUAAAAAAACAACAACAAAAAAUGUCAAUAGAGAUACUUUUUGACUUAUCAAAAGUCUAAGUAACAUAAAAAUUGUAAAGUCUAGUUAUUUUCAUUUUUUUUAAAUAGGAUGUAAGCUAUUAUAAUUAUCUAAUUGCAACCCUAAUUAUAUUUAUUACAGAAAUGAAUGAAUUUUAUAACCAUUUUGAUCAUACCAAUACCAAUUAUCACAUAAGAAAUACAUUCACAAUAAAAGAAAAAA